AUGGAGUUGAAGAGCAUACUAGCAUAUCUUCAGAACAAGACCAUUUUGGUUACUGGAGCCACUGGCUUCCUUGCAAUGGUAUUUGUGGAGAAAAUACUAAGGGUUCAACCAGAUGUGAAAAAGAUCUAUCUUCUUUUAAGAGCUUCCAAUACCAACUCAGCCACGAAUCGCAUGCACAAUGAGAUCCUCGGAAAGGAGUUGUUCAGAGUUCUCAGGGACAAACAUGGUGCGGAUUUUGAUUCCUUUGUAUCGCACAAAGUUGCGGCUGUCGCGGGAGAUGUAACUUCUGAAAACCUUGGAGUGAAAGACUUCAAAUUGACGGAAGAAAUGUGCAAUGAAACAGAAAUCAUACUUAAUUCUGCUGCAACGACCAACUUUGAUGAAAGAUAUGAUAUUGCGCUGGACGUCAAUACAUUUGGAAUUCUGCAUGUGGUGAGCUUUGCAAAGAAAUGUUUAAAGCUAGAGAUGCUUCUCCACGUAUCAACUGCUUAUGUGUGUGGUGAGAGAGUAGGACUCAUACCAGAGGACUCACCUUCAUUAACGGAUGACAUAGUAAAGAAAACCAUCAAAUUUGAUUUCAAAGCACAAGAAAAGAUCGUCGUGGAGAAGAAAUUGACUGAACUAAAAGCACGAGGUGCUUCAGAAGAAGAUAUUACAAGCACAAUGAAGGAUUUUGGCAUUGAAAGGGCUAAACAUUAUGGAUGGCCAAACACCUACGUAUUUACAAAGGCGAUGGGAGAAGUAUUUCUAAGGCGCUCAAAAGAUGAGCUUCCUGUAGUUAUCAUUCGCCCAACUGUGGUUACCAGCACUUACAAAGAGCCAUUUCCAGGUUGGAUUCAAGGUUUUAGAACCAUUGAUAGCGUAAUUGCCGGUUAUUGUAAGGGGAAGCUCACAUGCCUACUUGCUGAUCCUUCGACAGUAUUUGAUAUGAUCCCUGUUGACAUGGUGGUAAACUCAAUAAUUUCAGCGAUGGCAGUGAAUGCAAAUCAAUCUUCUAUUGUCAUUUACCAUGUGGGGUCCUCAUUUAGAAAUCCUAUAAAAAUAAAUAGUAUUCACGAUUUUGUGUUUCGGCAUUUCACCAAAGAUCCGUGGGUUGACAAAGAUGGAAACCUUGUUAAGGUUGGCAAGUGCACAAUGUUCAGCACUAUGGCUACUUUCCGGAUGUACAUGCAAAUUUGCUUCAUGAUACCUUUGGAGGGAUUAAAGUUCGUAAACAAAGCAUGUGGCCAGUAUUUCCAAGAUGCAUACGUUAACUAUAGCCGAAAACUCAAAUUGGUGAUGCGCUUCGUAGAGCUAUACAAACCGUAUAUGUUAUUCAAGGGCAUGUACGGAGGAAAGCAGGGAGAUGUAGUUGAAAAUACAUGGCAUCCACACGCUUAUGUGUGUGGUGAGAGAGUAGGACUCAUACCAGAGGACUCACCUUCAUUAACGGAUGACAUAGUAAAGAAAACCAUCAAAUUUGAUUUCAAAGCACAAGAAAAGAUCGUCGUGGAGAAGAAAUUGACUGAACUAAAAGCACGAGGUGCUUCAGAAGAAGAUAUUACAAGCACAAUGAAGGAUUUUGGCAUUGAAAGGGCUAAACAUUAUGGAUGGCCAAACACCUACGUAUUUACAAAGGCGAUGGGAGAAGUAUUUCUAAGGCGCUCAAAAGAUGAGCUUCCUGUAGUUAUCAUUCGCCCAACUGUGGUUACCAGCACUUACAAAGAGCCAUUUCCAGGUUGGAUUCAAGGUUUUAGAACCAUUGAUAGCGUAAUUGCCGGUUAUUGUAAGGGGAAGCUCACAUGCCUACUUGCUGAUCCUUCGACAGUAUUUGAUAUGAUCCCUGUUGACAUGGUGGUAAACUCAAUAAUUUCAGCGAUGGCAGUGAAUGCAAAUCAAUCUUCUAUUGUCAUUUACCAUGUGGGGUCCUCAUUUAGAAAUCCUAUAAAAAUAAAUAGUAUUCACGAUUUUGUGUUUCGGCAUUUCACCAAAGAUCCGUGGGUUGACAAAGAUGGAAACCUUGUUAAGGUUGGCAAGUGCACAAUGUUCAGCACUAUGGCUACUUUCCGGAUGUACAUGCAAAUUUGCUUCAUGAUACCUUUGGAGGGAUUAAAGUUCGUAAACAAAGCAUGUGGCCAGUAUUUCCAAGAUGCAUACGUUAACUAUAGCCGAAAACUCAAAUUGGUGAUGCGCUUCGUAGAGCUAUACAAACCGUAUAUGUUAUUCAAGGGCAUCUUUGACGACACCAAUUCGGAGGAGCUACAAAAGGUGGCAAGUGAGAGUUACAUAGAUGCAAACAUAUUUAACUUUGAUCCGAAUUGCAUUGAUUGGGAAGACUACAUUAUGAAUACUCACAUCCAUGGCCUCCGAAAGCAUGUUAUGGUUAAGUGAUAGCCAGAAGAGUCGAUAGAUUGCCAUUAGAUAAUAAAAUAAUGUUUUUGUACGCAUGCGUUAUAAGUUUACAAUAUACAUGGAAACUAGCCAAAUUCCUCAGCCAGUAAUACUCUCAGCUAGAACAAUUAAUAUAUGGAUGAUUGUAUCUGUAAACCAUCAUAUUGUUCAUUUAUUUACAGAAACUUAA